AUGGUGCUCAUGCGUCGCCGCGACAAGCGGCGCGGCAAUGAGGCCGAGGAGAUCAUUGUGGCCAGCGACUCGUCCAUUGUGGCCAAUAAGGGCGUGCGCUCUUUGGGCGGUGCGCGUACGGGCCGCUUCGCCGCUGACAUGCGCGUGAGUGUAGGCGGCUAUGGCCGCGCGGACAAAACGUGGGGCGUGGACCACCCGUGGCACUCUACGGAGGAGGGCGAUCUGUUCUCCCAGUUGUGUGCUAAAGACCGCAUGGAGGAGGGCGAUAUGACCCACGAACUGACGCACGAGGAGCCCGUACUGGGUCUCAGUCGCGCGCAGCUUAAGAAGCGCAAGGCGAAGCUCAAGAAGCAGGGACUGACAGCCAAGCAGGCGGCUGAGGAGGCUUUGAAAGAAGCCGAGGAGGCCAAGAAACGUCACGAAGAAGAACAGAUGCUGAAAGAGCAGCAGCAGAUUGAGAAGCAAGAGGAGAGGAAGCGAAAGAGACAAGAGAAGAAGAAGAAGCAAAAAAAGAAGGAGAAGAAACAGGAAGCCAUGGAACAGGCAGAACAACAAACCAAAGAGCAGGAACACGAGAUGAAAAGUCGAGAAGUGCUGGCCUCGGCGUAUGAGGAGAACGUGGGCAGCGAAGUGACGACCAAGAGUGGACUAGUGCUUCAGGAUCAGCGUAUCGGACAGGGCAAACUCCCUUUUGCCGGCGAGAUGCUGACAGUCAAGUACCGUGGACGUCUCGGACGUGAUGGUCUUGUGUUUGGCAAAGGAAUGCUCACCACAACGUACGGUACGGGUUCUGUCAUUGCUGGAUGGGAAGAAGGACUCGGUACGAUGCGUCCUGGAGGUGUAAGAUUGCUCACAAUUCCAUCGGAACUGGGCUACGGUGAGAGCGGCAAAGGAGACAAGAUCCCGCCCAAUUCGACGCUCUUCUUCGAGGUGGAGCUCGUACGUAUUGGCAAGCGCAAACGCGAAGCUAUUGGUGACGACGACAUCCCGCUGCCCAGUUCUUUCCAGCGCAAACGCAUCAAACAGAAACCAGGCAAGAAAAGCGGCGAGGAAGAGGACGACGGCGAGGUGAAGCUGUCCAAGAGCCAACUCAAGCGACGACGUCGGAACCGGAACAAGAACCGGAGCCAGGAGGACGACGCUUGA